AUACAAGUCGUUAGAGGAAAAAUUUUACACUUUUUUUUAAGGAAAAAAAAGAGGAGAAAAUUACUUAAAACUGAAAUAAUCUUCUCCAUCACCAAUCUUCUCCAUAUAGGAGAACACACCCUAUAAAUCAUACUUUGGUCUUGUCUCCCUUUCUCUUUCUCUCUCUUCUUUCUAUCUCUAAUAGUCUUGAGAUCUGUUAACUCUUUUACGACUCUUCUUCACUUCAGAUUUCCUCUUUCGGAAACAAGAAAUGGGUGUAGAAGUUGCAGGAUCUGAGUUACCAAAGGUGAAUGAUGAAGUGAAAGGUAAAUUGUUUGACAAGGAAAAUGGGAAAAUUGAUUUUUCUGAGGUGAUCACGUUUGGUUCACACGGUGUCGAUGAAGUACAAACCACUGGAGAGGCAAACGAAGUCUCAAAUGCCGGCUUUCCCAAGGACGCGGUUGAUGAAUGGCCUCAGGAGAGGCAAACCCAUUGCUUUUAUUUUCCCAAGCAUCGGCUCUAUGAAGACCCAAAAGUGAAGGCUGAAUUGGAGCAGAUUGAGAAAGAAAUUCGGAAGAAAAACGAAAGACUCAAUCAGUUAUUUGAAGAUUUGAAAGUUAAAAAUGUUGAGAAAUCUGAGCUGUAUGAUGAGUUGAAUGCUUUUAAGGAUGAGGGGUCACAAUAUCGGGCAUUUAUAAAUGAAAAAAGAGAGGAAAUGAAGCCCUUGCAGAGCGCUUUGGGCUCCUUACGUGGUAGUGGUGGAGAGAAGGGAUAUGGCAUAUGUUCGUCUGAGGAGGAGCUUAAUCAGCGUAUUCGAAGUUUUGAGUAUCGGAUGCAACAUGAAACUAUGUCAUUGAAAGAGGAGAAACAACUUAUGAAGGAAAUCAAAGAAUUGGAGGCAACAAGACCGAAGGUUAUUGCCAAUAGUGCUAUGAGGGCAAAGAUUCAGGAAUCCAUGGGGCAAAAAGAAGCACUCCAGGACCAGGUCAAGCUUUUAGGUACUGAUCUGGAUGGAGUACGGAAGCAGCAGGCAGAAAUAAAAGCAAAAAAGGAUCGUUUAAGUCCACAACUGAGUACAGUAAAGAAGCAGAUCGAGGCCAUAAAAGCUGAGCUGGAUAAAGUUAAGGAUCAGAAAAAUAAAGCCCUCUUAACUGUGAAGGAAAUAAAGGCUUCACAAAACGAAGCGAAUCAAGAUUUCUUUGAUAACCGAAGAGUUAUAAGCACAGCAAAUGAAAUUGCUAUGAACAGGAGGGAUGUGAAGGCCGUUGAGGAACUCUAUAAUACUGAGGUUGAGAAAUUUAUGUCCCAAUGGAACAGCAGCAAGACUUUUAGGGCUGAUUAUGAGAAGAAACUCUUGACAUCACUGGACCGUCGACAGUUGAGCAGAGAUGGACGAAUUAGGAAUUUUGAUGAGAAGCCACUGGUGAGGGCAGAGUCCCCAAAACCUUCUGAGACAGCUGUGGUGUCUAAACCCUCAUCAAAGCCGCAGAAAGAAGUUCCAAAGGCUACUUUAAAAGAAGAAAAAUUGCCCGAGGAGAAGGCUCAGAAGGAUUUAAAAAAGGGAAGCAAAGAUCUAAAAACUGCUUCAGAGCGAGACCUGGAAGAAGAUGUCUUUGUGGUAGAAAAACCGAAGAAGGAUGUCUCAAAUGUUACUGCAAUUGAUGCAGAGAAACUGAAGGAAAUGAAGAAGGAAGAAGAGAAGGAAAAACAAAGACAAGCCUUUGAGAGAAAGAAGAAGAUGCAAGACAAAGCUGCUGCUAAAGCAGCUCUUAGAAUCCAGAAAGAAGCUGAAAAGAAGCAAAAGGAGCGUGAAAAAAAAUUGAGGAAGAAAGGAGCAUCCACUGUUCAGCCAACCGAUGAAGAAGAGGCAACUGAAAAUCCUGAGACUGAUGAAGCUGAGAAAUCUGAGGAUGUGGAAGCAGUCGUUGAAACUCCAGUCCCGUCUAAAGCUAAGUCUCAGCAGGAGAAUGUUCUCAGGCACCGAAAACCUAUAAGAACUCGAGGUACUCUCCCAAAGGCUAUACUUAAAAAGAAAAAAUCAGACAAGUAUUGGCUUUGGGGCUCUGUUGCUGCUGCUGCUGUUGUGACGAUUCUGUUGCUUGUUCUUGGUUACAAGUACCUUCUCUGGAUCAAAGUUUAGCGGUCUUGAGAGGUAAAAAGACAGAUGCUUGGCCGCCCUAAUGUAUGUUGUUUAAGCUGGGGUAGUGUAGAGUAGUAGGAAAUGCUGAUUCUAUGUUUUUUACAUCUCAAUGUGGAGAUGGACUAUCAAUCCAUAAGGAGUUUUCUGUAGCUCAGGCAGGCAGUUCGCAGUUUUUACAGGAACGAGACUAGAUACUUUUUUAGCUUCUUUUCUCUGUAUUCUAAAGUUUUGCUUCUUUUUUUACCCUUUGAACCUAAGACUUUUGGAACUUAAGUUCUGGACGACCCUAUAAUAUAUCUGUAGUUAGAUAAUUCUUGCUGUUUUCUAGAUGA